CACUCAGCCAAAUAUGGCAGCUACACCAUGAUGGAUCUCAAAAGAAACAAAGUUAUUGAUAUCCAACUUGUACAGAGCAAUGAAGUUGGGAAUAGUGUGCGAAUGGAGAAGGAGGGAUUUGUGAGAAGUCUGAGCACACUUUUGGAGAGGGGGGUCGAUGUGCAGCAAGUCGUGACUGACCGCCACACAGGAGUGCAGAAGUAUUUGAGGGAGGAAAAAAAGGAAAUCAGUCACUACUUUGACCCCUGGCACAUGGGAAAAGGAAUUGGUAAGAAAAUCGAAGAGCUGGGGAAGAGAAAGACGACCCAGGAUGUGAGACUGUGGAAGCAAAGUGUGGUGAACCACCUCUACUGGUCAGCAUCCAGUUCCUCCUCAGGACAGGAGGCAGUAGCAAAGUGGACUUCAGUUGCCAACCACAUCCAAAAUGUGCACAGCCAUGACAACGCCCUGUUCCCUAGCUGUCUGCAUGCACCUCUGGAUGGAGAACAGGCAAGACAGUGGCUCAAACCAAGCACAGCAUCAUGUGAGAAGCUCACUGCCAUUCUGUUAGCUCCACGGUUUGUGAAGGACGUAGAGAAGAUAAGCCCUCAGCACCACACAUCCACCUUGGAGGCUUUCCACAGUCUCAUCAUCAGAUUUACUCCAAAAAGUCAAGUCUUCUCCUUCAAAGGAAUGCUGUCUAGAUUACAAAUUGCUGCAAUGCACUAUAAUGAAAAUGCAGCACGCUCACAUGCAGCAACAGCAACUGGUGAGCUGAGAUAUGCUGUAGUGUACCCAAAGUACAAACGUGGAGACUACACAGUGAGAGCCCUGAAGACCAAUCCAACCUCAUUAUAUGUGCACAAGCUUAUGGACCUGCUGUUCGACUCUGUGGUGGUGGAUCCUCUCCCAUAUCAGGAGUACUCGGACAAAAUUACGGUUCCAGAACCGCUCUGUGCCCAGUUCCAAAGACCAGAUAAACGGGAUGCUGUGAGCAGGCACAGGUCCAGGUUUUAA